CGGUCCAGAAAACGGAAGGAAGGAACAAUCAGCUGAGAGCGCGAAACAACAACAACCAGGCGUGUGUGGAGCCUGAGAAUAGAAAUCAACAUUUCAGAACACCUGACACACCACCAGAAGGUUGGCAAGUGCAUUGACUUGACCAAGCUCCAAAUGACUGCGUGCCCAAACAUUACAGCAUGGCUGGACUCCGGACUGUGUCCAAGAGUAUCAAAUUAUAUAUGUAUUUGUAGAGUACUUUUAAGACAACAAUAACGGAUGACCAACGUUGCGGGAGGAAGUAAUUACAGGUAUGCAUGUCAUCAACCAGAACUUUUUGCCGGCUGUGAACUCUGUGAAAGAGGAGCCGGUAGACAUUCACAUUACAAAGCUAGGACCAUUACCUGAAGAACAGGAUACGACUGACAUUACAGCUGCAGCAGUAACUAUUGAUUCAGUUGUACUAAAGCUGGACAUAAAGCAUGAAAUUACAGUGAAGGAAGAGGGGGAUAAGAGGUGCAUAAAAAGUGAGGAACCAAUAGAGACAGCUUUCCUAAACUCAUCCGCAGCGCCAGAUAGCAUUAUUCUAAAAAAUGAGGAAGAUCCGGUUGAUGGGGACAAUGAAAUCCUGGUUUUGCAGGAAUGUAAAUUCAAUAGAAAGGAAAGGCCGGUCUGUCGAACUCUUAAGUCCUCAAAGGACAAAAGGCAGCCCGUCCCACUUCCAGUUCCAGAGCUGAUGAAAGAGCCAGAUGAGUUUGUCAGAGAAGUGCCAAAUGAGAAAAAGAGGAGGGGGAGGAGGAGGAAGUGCCAAACAACUCCUGGGGGCGCUGUCUGUACACUUUGUGGCAAAACCUUUGCGUCCCGUGCUUGCCUCAAGGUCCACAUGCGGAUACACAGCGGACACAGGCCCUUCAAGUGUCAAAUGUGCGGAGCGGACUUUACACGCUCUGACAGACUUGCUGAACACAUGACCAUACACUCUGGAGCAGAGGAUGAUUAUGACACCCAGUCCAGACCCACCAAGAGGAAAAAGAGGCUGAGGAGAGGGGAGCUGGGUCACCUGUGUGACGAGUGUGGCAAGAGCUUUCGAAGUGCUAGCUGCCUUCAAGCCCACCUGGACGGACAUGCCCAGCUAAGGUCCCACAAAUGUGACUUCUGUGAUACUUGCUUCAUCCACAAGAGCGACCUCAGGCGACACCUCCAGGGCCACAUGGGAAGGCCCUAUCCGUGCAAGGAGUGCGGACGAGAGUUUCGGCGUGCCGACACGCUCCGGAAGCACAUGCGCAGGCACACAGGGGAGCGGCCCUUCAGCUGUGUUCCCUGCGGGAAAACGUACCGUCAGCAUGAGUCUCUAAGACUGCACAGGAAACAUCACAAACACUAGGCCUAGUAAUGUACAAUACCGGUGUACUUAUGUAGGCCCAGUGUACCACACAAAGGAAAUGUGAUGAUUAUUGUGCCAUCAACAUCUUUUUUUUUUUUUUGUAUUCUAUUCUAGAUCUAGGACAGAAUAUGGAAUGAAAUGCCUCAGAGCAAAAUAAGUUUUAUGAGCACUACACUGUCAUGGAUAGUCAAACGAAUCCAUAACAUCUUUACAUAAAACCUACAAAGACACGGUACUACCUUAAGGAAUUGGAAUCAUUAAUGAGUAUAUAUGGUGGUAUCCUACGACCUAAUGGUAGCCUUCGAUAUGGUGGUAGCCCAAUUAAUUGGGAUGAUGGGGAUAUGUCUGUUAGUAUUGUGACAAGUUGCCUCGGAUCAGUUUUCAUAUCAUGGGCCUACGUAUACUACAAAGCUGGAGUAAGCCAUGUUAAGUUAAUGGGUGAAUCAUCUAAGAGCCUGGAGUCCUUUUUCUCUAAAGAAAAUGAGGACUACAUGGUCUUCUAUUAGAUGAUUUACCUCUUGACUUAACCUGGUUUACUCCUAAACCAGCUUUGCAGUGUAUGCCCCAGUUCUUUAAGGAGGUCAUGUUGUCUUGUGCUUAUCAGGAAAUACUCUUUAAUUGGUUGUUUGAACUACACAGCGAUGACAAACACAGCAGUAGGUGAUCACCAUCCUAGCGUGGGACCAUAGAAUUUAAGUUGUGGAACUAUCAACCCAAACAAUUGAUCUUAGUUUUGGUAGGGACGAAUACAAGUGGAGUGGAGUCUUGCCAUUUCUAUUAAAAUAAGAUGAGAUUAUUCAAUUAUUUUGGACAGAAAUAUAUGUUUAUGAGGGGUUGAAUUUACUGCACAGAUAUCAGAUUUCAGUUCUUAGAACAAGUGCAACAAACUUAAGUAAUUCACAACUAUGUAAGACUGUCUAGUUUAUUUUUCAAUUUGUAAGAGAGACUAGAGUCACUGUUUUUGUUUGUUUGUUAUAACCCCUGUUAUUUUGUCUGUGUUCUCUGUAAAUAAAGAACAUUAUGUUUCAAUUA